AUGGCGCCGCACUUGAGCAACGACGAGUUCUUCUCAUCCCUCACCGAUCUUCUUUCCAAGACCUCCCAAAAGGCGCGCGGCUCGGUUUUUCUCUCCCAAAAGCCUCUCAUCGACUCCGUCUCCAACUCUCCGCCAUCCAUUCUCAUUCGUGCUACCGACGGGAACACCAAUGCCCCCAACCCCAAGGCGUCCAGCAAGGAUGGCAAAGUCACCAAGAACAAGACCUCGAAGGACAAAGUGAAGUUUGCUACCGUUGUGAAUGCGGAUGACCUCGAAACAUUCUACACACGCUACGCGGACGUGUGCAAGUCGGGCAUGACAGGAAUGAAGAAGCGAGACCGCAGCAAGCGCAAGGCGAAGGGCAAAGCCGGAGCGGCAAAGGCCACCAAGGCAUAG